CAAGGGGAAUAAUUAGCAUGUAUCACCCUGGCCACAUCAAACAUUAGAAGGCGCGAGAAGUAGCGAGGCCAUCUUUUCUUUUACUUUCUUUUUCCGAACGACAUGAAAAAUGCUCUAAAUAAGCCUGGUGAAAAGGUGAUCUUGCCACGUGAGUUCAUGCGACAACGAUAAACCAGGUCACUUCCACCACCUUAGUGGAGAACCUCAAAGGACCGGCGACAAGAUCACGUUGGUAUUCGAGACAUGGCCACCAAACCUGCCGAUGGUGACACGCCUUUGCUAGUGUCUUCGGCAUGGCUCAAGGAACACCUGGCAGAGGCCGCGGGAGUUGGAAACAAACUGAGAAUUUUGGACGUCACUUGGUACAGUGCGAAGAACGGGAAAGAUGAUUUUGAUAGGUCUCACAUUCCCGGAGCACUAUUCUUUGAACUGAUGAAAGACGUCGAAAAUACUCCCCUUUUCCCCCGUAAUCUACCCCCGCCCGAAAAGUUCCAGGAGCAAGUUCGCUCUCUGGGUAUUGACAAUGACACGCACGUGGUUUUGUAUGACAAUAUCCCUGGUAAAAACGGCUUUUUCAUCGGCGGUAGGGCGUUCUGGAUGUUCAAGCAUUUUGGUCAUGAGAAGGUAUCCAUUCUGGACGGGGGAUUAGCUAAAUGGAUCGCAGACGGAUACAAUACAACCUCCGAUACCAUCUCUGUUAAUAAAGGAAAUUUUACAGCCAAACCCAACAACAACUUCAUAAGGUCAUUUGACGAAGUGAUCCCGUUGCUGACAAAUCAAAUGGAACAGAUCGUGGAUGGUCGUUCCAGUGAUCAGUUUAACAAUACUGCAGGAGGUUAUGUAGGAGGACACAUGCCCAACGCCUACAACGUCCCGUUUGAAUCAUUGCUGGACAGUAGCACCGGCUGUAUGAAGAGCCCAGAAGAACUCAGAAAAGUUUUUGCUGACUCUGGGUUGAAUGAGAAUAAACCGGUUGUCACGCUAUGUAACGGAGGCGUAUCCUCUUGCAGCGUCAUGGUGGCGGCUAUGAUAGCAGGGUUUCCACAGGCAGCUGUUUACCAUGGCGGCUGGACCGAGUGGAAGCAGAAAGCUGCCCCAGAGCAAAUAAUUCAACCUUAAUGGACAGCGGAUAAAGUUUUGACCCCAGUAUUUUCUGUCACAGGGAAGUUCAAGGGCAAGUCUGGACACUUAUUUAUGUAUAAUAGACGUUACUGACAUUUCCAUCUCUGGGAGUGCCGAUAUACUACAUACUUGGAUAGCAUACCUUCCAAGGUUUUUUUUAAUGCACUUGUUAAAAUUCGAUUUAUAAUGUGUGAAUCUCUAUUACUUGUAUGCACUGGCCAUGGCCGUGAUAUUUUUUUCUUAAGAGCAGGUUUCAAACAUCAAAGUUAGACAACUCACCUAUAGAGAUAAGCCACGCCUGUCUGCGCUCCAUUUAAUAAAGUAUUACUCAUAGCGUGCUGAUAAGGGACGCGCCCCUCUCAGGGUGAAUAAUGAGAUGCACGAUUUAUGUAGUCUCAAUUGUGUUUUUAUUUUUGCUUUAAUGUCUUUAAUUUUAAGAAACGAGCCUCUAAUAAUUGAAAAUUUUCAUCUCUGCUAAAUCAUUUUUUACAUACUUCCCCUUGCCUUUAUGUCAAAAUUUGGAAGUCGGUGUCAAGCGUAAACAUGACGCAUUAUUUUCCAACAUUUCAAUAACAUCACAAAUUGAUAUCAAUCGAAAUAGGGCAUAUUCCGUACUUUAAAACAUACAUGACAAAUUAGCUAAAACUUAUUUGUGUUAAUAGACCAUUUUAGCACUGGCAAUAAAGAAGACAAAUAACCAA